CCGUAGUCUCUGUUGCAUACAAAACUCAAGCGCACUUUCCAGAGCAUCAGCGCCGGUCAACAGCGGAGUCCGCUCGGGAUGAUGGCUUGCUAUUUCUCGGAAGGCGCCUAAAAUACACAACCUUUCCUCCACUGUUGCCUGGCAAUGCCUGCGGGGCAUCCGCCAGCCCAGCUCGGGUCUGCUAACACCCAGCGACUCUUGAGCGGAUCAUCCAGUGAAGAGCAGAAUGUCCUCCAGAUAUCAAUCCACAUCUCCCUUGCUCCGUUCACGGAGUGCCUCCUCAAGUUCGUCCGCAUCUAGCUUAUCCCAACCAGUAACCCCAUGGCAAUUACUAGUGUAACUGGUAUUGGUCCCAUCGAAUUUGAUAAUUGUAUGAAGGCAUGUGUACUUCUCACCCCUUGCCUUCUCCACAGUUGUCCUGUCACUUGAGCUCCGCCCUGGAACGGCGCAUCCUCGAUAAUGAUAUAGAGUGCUGGCUGAUUAUACAACGGGUCCAGGAUAAACCCCACUUGAAGCGUCUUGAAAAGCAUAGUACUAGUCCUGAAACCCGUGUUCAACUUGAACCGGCGCAACGAUGCCGAUACAUAUCCACAUGCACAUGUACAUACGUCCCUCUAUCUGGAUGUGCGACGGGUGUCAGGAGAAAUAACGAAUUAAUAUUUAAGAGUCUCAAUCCCCGGGCAGCGAAGAGAUGCCCCUUAAGGAAGGGGGUUCAGCAUAUCCUUUCCGCGGCAUUUUACAAGGGCUCUCGGCAUUUACGUAGCGACGAAUCGGUACUCGUCAUGUUGUACUAUGGAUGCUCCUCUUGCCUGUCGUCCACUAUCGAUCCCAGUACGACUGGGCGCGAGAUAGCCGAUCUGUUGCGGCUGCGAAUUCAUCUAGUCGGAAUGUUGUUUCUGUCAACACAUAGAUCGAUAACGAGGACGCCCUGAUCGUGACUUAAGAAAGACUUUGCAUUGAUCCGUAGAUCUGGAAUUGACGCAAGCGGUCAUUUUGUGCGGUUAACGUUCCCACGACACUAUCGAGCACAACUCACAACGACAUUGAGCACCCUUCCUACGUCGCUUACC